CCGAUAAACAUAGCUUCCAGCGCAGCCGGAGGCGACGUUUGUGCAGAGCCUUUCCCGCCGUUUCUCUUCGUCUGUGUUUUUUGGAGAAGAGAGAAAAUGUCCGCGCGAACUCAUCCAGUAAGCAGGCAGCGCUCGCCAGACGACCAGGAGAACAGCGGGAUUUCAGGGGCGGGAGCAUGGCUGGACGCCCACUACGACCCCGUGGCUUCUCUCUACACCUUCUCCUCCUGCAUGGCUCUGGAGGACCUCAACAGGGAUGGAGACCACAAGUUCCUGGUGGGAGAUUUAGGCAGCGGACACUCUGACAUGAAACUGAAAGUUUACAAGGGGACCGAGUUAUCAUUUGAGACUCCGCUCCUUGACCUCCCCACGGGGGUCGCGACUUUUUACAUGGACACCACUGACCCCCGAACUCCAGCCGUUGCCGUGGCAGCAGGCUCGUUUGUCUACGUCUACAAGAACCUCCGCCCCUACUUCAAAUUUACCUUACCCCACCUUCAGAGAGGGGAACAAGGAGGUACCACUGAGUGUGAGAUCACUCAAGUACCUGCAAUUGGAGGACGACGCGGAGCUGCAAGCCUCGUUCCUGGCCACCUUCAGACACAUUCCCCUCCGGAGAAAGAGUGUCAUCACCGCCCAUGGGCCAGCUUGAAGAAAAGACACACAGAGGAUGACGCCGUCAGCUGCCUGGUGGUGCCUCUGAGAAUGGAGAAUCUACGUUCUCGAUCCCGAAGCUUCACCGUUUUGAAACAGUUCUUGCUCCCGUCUCCGCAGUAUUCGUCAGUGACUGGACUGCAUGAUGUGGACUACCACAUCUCCGCUGCCUGCAGAGACACUGCAUCUACACCUUCAAGAGUCUGGGCCAGCUACAGCGUGAAGGGACGCAGACAAUGGAGUCUUCGUCUGCCUGCCUCUCUCACCUGCAUGGAGCUACUCCACCAUCGCCCGCGCUCCUUCAAGGCGGUGGUGGUGGCCCUCCAGAAUAGAGAGGUCCGCAUCUACAAGGACAAGUUCCUAGUCAACUGCAUCACAGUGGAUGACGUGGUGGUAGGUCUGAAGUUUGGACCGUUUGGCAGAGAGGACGGAGUCCUACUGAUGGUAACGCAGGGUGGAGCCCUGCUCGUCAAGAUCUCAAGAGAUCGGUCCAGUUUCGAGGCAAAGGACCUCACCCUGGUCCACCGGCAGCUCAGCUGGAUAAACUCAACAUCCUCCCAAAGAGAACCAGGCGAUGCACAGUGUGUUCCAGCAGGACCUGUCCAGACUGAGACUCCAGAUCACACAGCCUACGCCAAGGCAGUCACUAGCAGACUGACUCCGCUCACUGCCUCCCCCGACUGCUCCCUCAAGAUAGCCGCACAGGUGCAGGGUCUGGGUCCAAUAUUCAGGUUGACAGUGACAGUCCAGAACACGUCUCCAAGUAAACCAGUGACCAACUGUUACAUAACCUUCAGAUGUGACGAGGGCCUCUAUCGGAUCACCAGGAAAUUCAUUCAGAUGCCUCUGUUGGUGCCAACUGUUAGCUACAAUUUCGACACGAUGGUGCAGUGCACAGAUGACAUGGGGAGAGCAGAGGAGAUCAGUGUCUAUGUGGUCCAAAACCACACCUCCACUCCCCUCAUUACAGCCGUUCUCAACAUGCCUGUCAGCGAAACAAUUAUCGUCACUUGAUAAAAAUGUUUUUCACCGACCAAUAUUUCAUAAUCAUAACGUAAGAGCGGAAAUUGCGGCAUUGUUGUUUUGAAAGUUAGAUCACAAAAGGUUUUGUCACGCUGGCUGUCUUAUCACAAAUGGCUUCUGAUGUCCCAGCAAAUUGUUCGUACUUUUGACAAGA